AUUAAUACGGAACACGAACGGUCCCAAAAUUGGAAUUUAAAAUUUGUUUUAGUUCUGAAGUUGAUCAAAUUCACUUUCACUGUCUUGGAACAAAGAAGGAGCAAAAAUGGCGCAAGAGUAUGACGAAAGUUUAGUCGUUUCUUCGCCAACGAGGGAGGAAACUCCAGUCAGAGCAGUGGUUUGUCUCAAAAGAAAAGAGGAUGUCAAACGUUUUGAGGAAACUGAGGAAUGUUUCAUCUUAGAUUUCGACCCAUUUGAUUCUCUUGACAUAUCAAAGCUUUCCUUAAAAGACAACAAGAAUAACCAUGAUGAUAACGAUAUCUCUAUUAUUGCUGAAAAAGGUCAAGUAGCUUGCAGAGAUUACCCGCAUGCAAGACAUUUGUGUAUUGAAUUUCCCUUCACCACUACACCUCACGAAAGUUUCUGUGAAAUGUGUUACUGUUAUGUAUGUGAUUCUGUUGCUCCUUGUAAGUACUGGACACAAGCUGUGGAUCCACAUUGUGAUGCUGAUGGUUCUGACUACUGGGAAGAUCAGAGAUACGAGUAUAAACAUAAUUUAGCUAAAGAAGAGACUCACUAGUUAUAUACUCAGAUAUGUCUGAUGUUGCUGCUACACAAGAAGUCAACUUGGAAUUUGAUGUAGGCACACUUUUCUCUAUGUAGUUAAACAGUGUCAUUAUAAUUUACUGGUUUACUCUGCACAUUAUUAAGGAUGAGGAGUGACGACCAAAUGCAAUUGAGUAAAUUACAAUAUAUGAUAUAUAUAACUCUUUUGCCAUCAAGUAUGCAUUCAUGGAAUUCAUUUUUUAGGUAUGGUAGCAA